UUCAUUCAUCCAUCCGAACGUAGCGAAUGGGGUGGAGGCGAACUCGGCGACCGGAGUCGUCUACAAAACGCAUACUUUUCAUUUCGUUCGCCCGAAGUUCAUGAUUUGACUCGCGACCGUUCGGACGUAAAGCGGUGCGGUUCUCUGCGAAAAUCCCUCGAAACGAUAAGGUGCUACGGUAGUGUUUGUGCUUUUUUGUGUAUUUUUUAGUUUCUCAGUUUCAUUAAUUAACAACGUGCCACACAGGAAAUAUCAACCUUAGUGAAAAACAGUAACAAUUGUUAGCAAUACGUGAAGGGGCGUGAAUGAAACGGGCAUAGAGGGAGGGUCAAGGUGCAGACGUGAUACGAGAACCACCGCCGGUGUUCUAGUAUUGCCCGCUAGCGUGACGGAGCAGUAUGGUAUCCUUCGCGAUCAGUUCAGUGGCCGCAGCAGACAGAGCAGCAGCGUACACGGCAUCAACGACGGCGACGACGACGGAACCGGAAGUAGUGAAGUUGGCGGUGCUGUAGUGGAAGCAAAGUAAAGGAAGAGUGGCCAACCCGGCAAAACUACUAGUGUCUGCGAGAGAAGCGAGAGAGAAAGACAUAGAACGGAACACAAACAGGCAGCAGCCAGACGUGCCAAGCGUACCAACUGCCACACCAGCACACGACGACGACGACGACGACGGACGACGACGUCGAGAGAACGGAAAUCAUUCGAUCUUUCUUUCAUGGAAAGUCCAAUUGAUACACGACAUUGAGCGGAAGAUAAAUACCAAGGUAGCAUAGCAUAGCAGAAGCUGACUUUCCAUUAGCGAUACGUUUUGAGAAACAGUUGAAAAGAAUAAUUGCAUAUCGAGUCCGGUGACGCAAUUGGCCAAUAAUCAAUCACCUAGUCACCAUUAUACAUUUGGGUGAAAGUGGUCCCAACGAUUCCAUCAACGACGCAAGCUCCUUAACGCCUCAAUAUGAACACCGUCCUGCUAGAGUCCCGGUCGUACCGGCCCUUCAAAUCCAGCGAGGAGUAUCUUUACGCGAUGCGCGAAGAUUUGGCCGAAUGGCUCAACACGCUGUACCCGGAGCUGCGCAUCAACGUGGAGAACUUUAUGGAUCGGCUGGACACGGGAGUCGCACUGUGCAAGCAUGCCAACAACGUUCGAGCAGCGGCCGAGCAGUACAUCGCCCGGCGACAGGCCCGCAACAAAUCCAUGACGAAAUCGAUCACAUCCGGACUGGCCGGACCGAUACUGAACAUGGGCAACGUGCACUUUCUGGCCGCGGCCAAGAGCGGUACCUUCUUCUCCCGUGACAACGUUUCCAACUUCAUCACUUGGUGCAGGAAAAGUCUGCAGAUUCUCGAGUGCCUGCUGUUCGAGACGGACGAUUUGAUAAUGCGCAAGAACGAAAAGCACGUCAUCCUGUGCCUGCUGGAGGUUGCUCGACGUGGUGCCAAGUUCGGCAUGCUGGCACCGAUGUUGGUGCAAAUGGAACGACAGAUCGAUCGCGAGAUAGCGGCAGACAAUCGGGCUAACGCUGGCGUCGGCUGCGGUACACAGACGGAGGGCGGUGAUGGUAACGGUGCCGGCAAUGGCAUUUCCACCGGAACCGAAACCGAAUUGUACGAUAGUGACAGCGAGGAGGAAGAUGACGGCGCGGAGUCACCGAUGCUGAUGUACGGACCGCAGCCCCAGAUCGUUACAAAUGAUCUGAAGAGCCUGGACGAGAUGGUUCGUGAUCUGGUGGAGAAAUGCACCUGCCCCUCACAAUUCCCGAUGGUGCGCGUCUCGGAGGGCAAGUAUCGGAUCGGCGAUACCAAAGUGCUCAUAUUCGUUCGGAUCCUGCGUUCUCACGUGAUGGUGCGAGUUGGUGGUGGAUGGGACACGUUGGCUCACUAUCUGGACAAGCACGAUCCAUGCAGAUGCCGUUCACAGCAUCGUUCAUCGGCUUCGGCUCGUCUUAUCACCAAAACCACCAAUGCCAAUGGGAUUGAACUGCAUAAGGCGCAAGUCCAUUAUGAUCGUUCUGGUUCACCCUGGAAAGCUACUGGAGGUACCGGAGCGAACCAGAACGGUUCCCCAAUCAACAGUGGCGGCAGCAGCAGCAAUACCAAUACGUUGUCGCCUCCGUCACGUGCUAGGAGCCGUAGUCGCAGCCCCAGCGCACAACGCCAACGGCCCCCAGCAGAUCAUCAGGAUAAGCUGCAACCACCGGGAUCACCACUGAAAACAUCACGCCGUUCGGUCUCACCAAGCCCUCGCCGGAUGGUGACUGACGCCAGUGGUGCCAACACCAAGCGCAAACCAGUGAGCGGAAAUGUUCCGUCGAACGGUGCUGUAGCGGCUACGGCCGUUGGAGUACACUUUGAAUGUGAUAAGGAGAUGGCGGUCAAUGGCAAGACCGACCUGACGACGGUGGUGUCGAAUGCCGAGGAUGACAAGAAUCGUUACGAAAGCGUCAGCGACAACGGCAGCGAGAUCAGUGAUGAAGGUUACCGCAGUUUAGGUUUAGUGCAUGGUGCCGCUCAGCAGAUCGGAACGGGCCCCGGUGGACAAGGUACUGGACGCAAAGGUCUUGGCAAUAGCCAACACUCGAGUGAGGAUGCUGACACGAAUGCGCAUCUCGAUACGACCGGUUCCGAUACCCAAACCAGCCCGACCGAGGAUGAAGCGUCCAACAAAACGAACGACGAGGACGAACCCGAUUUAGCAACUAUCUCAGACUCGGAGGUGCCGGUUAAUGGUGCUCUGGGAGCGGUAGAUACCAGCAACCAGCACGAUUCCUUGCUGCAUGACUGUACGGAUGGUGUGGAUAGGGUGCGGAAUGAUGGGCCCACGAGCGCCUUCGAGAACUAUGGCGUGUUCGUGAACGACGAUGAAAUUACGGUGGACAUUGCGAAUGCGACCGGUUUGCGGAAGACGGGCUUCUCCGAUAAGAUAAUGGACCGUCCCAUCACCGCCAGUGGUGGUUUGCUGGGUGCUGGGUGCAGUGGAGCGUCGGCCGGAACGCGUAUCCCGCGUUCACCGGUAGCUCCCCGGCGCAAGGAAAGUACCGAGAGCAGCACCAGUACUCCGACGACGGUAACCGACGAGUUGGCGAGUGUUAGCGCUGUUGGUGGUAGAGGGGUUACGGGUAUCGCAUCCCCUCUUCAUCAGCAACGCAAGCAACCGAACGUCAAAUCGAUAGCCCGCAAACCGAACGCACCCGCAGGUCCCGCUGUUGAGCCGGCUCCAGCGUCCUCCGGUACCAACACGUGGAGUGGCCGACCAGCGAAGAAGCGUUCCUCGUUGACCACGCAAACGUUCACCGGGAAACCGGCUACACCGGCACCAUUCACUCGUAAUUCGCCGGUACGUGCGUCACUCGGUGCGGAACGAUCACCGAUGAUGGUUGGUACCGGAGGAACACGACGGUCCCUCAGGGCGAAUCAUGCUGGCACUUUCAAUGGGAACAGUUCAGCCUCAGCAAAUACAUCACCAAGCAAGAGCUCCGAUCCGGUCGCUCUGCUCGUGAUGCAGAUCAAAGAGACGCUCGAUUCCGGUUCCGAUAACACGCAAAUCGUGGAACGCGUACGGCGGCUCGUCUCGCAAUCGAGCGGUGAGACAAACAGCGAGUUUGCGUCCGAUUUUACUACCGCCUGGGUGCACAGCAACGGUAAUCUCGAUCGGGCCAAGGUGAUCAUGGGUGUCGGGGAUGGUACCGGAACACCGGAAGGAUCACCACUCAAAUCACAGGGAUCACUAUCGAAGCGUGCGAGCACCCUAUCGACUGCCUCGGAUAGUACGCAGGCAACGAACUGUCGCAGUGAUCUGGCAUCGGUGGUUUCACCGCGCCGACUCGACAAAGGCCUUUCCAAGAUUCCGGCACCGGUACGCUCGAACACCGGUCUGUACUGACCAAGUUAAUUUUCCCUCGAUCGCUAGAGUUGCUGCAGUUGCCAGUGACCAGAUGCUCGUGGGUUGGCAGAUGCCAGUUCCUUAAUAUUGAAUAGCUUUUAGGCAGCAGGCUCUGCUGGUACUGGAAUAACCUUCCUUCUCCUUCCGGUGCAUCUGGUUGUUGACUCGAUUUAUUGCAGACUUGCUCCCCUCGCUCCUUAUAUUCGUUGAUCGUAGCGUUGGCAUUCAUCUGCGUUUUUCAUUUCGAAUGUUGUAAGAAGCGACGAACAGUUUUUGUUGUGAAACUGACUGUUUUUUUUUGUUUCCCAAUCAUAUCAGUUUUAAGAUGAAUAAAUGGAGGAAUCAUCAUGUCAUCAGAAACAGGCGACCGUUGGACGGGGGAUAAAGUAGAAGCGGAAUAUCUGGUACCGUAGAGCAAUGAACACUAUACGCUUUCAGAGUUCAAUUGCCAGCAAUGGGGCAUUGACUGCAGGAGUUUGCGUGCGUUAGUAUAUUUUUUAAAGGACCCUAGAGAAAUCGUAGUUUGCCUUGGAAGCUUUUAGAAGAUUUUCGCAUGACAUACCAUGAAGAACCAUGCCGGAUGAGUAUGAUGAAACAAGUAUGACUGACUUUUGCUUUUUUACCGAAGUAGCAUAGGAAUCGCAAGUGCGGAAUGCAAGUAAAGGAAACGGUGUUUUAGGCAUGCCGCAAAGGCCAAAAUGCGUGCUUCAACGCUAGAUGAUAGAAGAAAUCGAUAGGAUACGUAACUCGAUGGACAAGAUGUGAGAGGAAUAAUUGUUUUAUUUUUUUUUUUGAUCCAAUCCAAACGCAUUUUUUAAACGACGCACUAUCCCAUCUCCACCUAACAAAAUAGUAAUCUCAAAGCAAAGCAAGAUGGAGGAUCCGUUGCCUGUACCGGGGAAUCAUGCUCAGUUGAUUGAUCUACUCUGUCCUCCUUUAAAAGCCAGCAAAACUCCAACACUAACAGUGUAUUAGGAAAUCAAAAAGUACGAAUUUGAACGCGUCCAUUAGUACCAGUACUAGAGCAAAAACGUCUUCAGGAACACAUAUAUACCGAUUACGACGACGACAGAAGUGGUUCAAUAUUUAAAUUUGGGCAAUUAGCAGUUUACCAUGACUUUUGAAAACGUAUCGAAUCAGUAUAACCGAAAAUUGGGACAGAGCGUGCGGAAAGCGCACGGGGAAAUUGGAACGGAACGGAAGGGAAGUUAUAACAAAGCAAUGGAUCAUCGCAUGAUGUUAAGCGGGAUGGCAAUUAUUAUCAGGCAGUGAAGAGAAUACACGUGGCGGAGGAAAUGUGCAUAAUCAAAGUGUGCUGUGCAAUAACUAUGCACUCGUUGAGUUUUUCGGUUGUACCCUAGAUACGUUCGUUGUGCUGACAGUGGUGGCAACUUGGUCUAGGAUAAAACCUUAUAUAGUUAAGUGAAGAAAAAAAGUUACUAACCAACCGCAGUUAUUGAAAGAAAAUCAAAAUCAACAAGACAAAAAAAACUCACGAUUAUAAACUAGUUUGUAAUGCGAAUUGUUUAAAGUUUUCAUUUUUGCUGUUUUUUUUAAACCUUGUAUCGAGUAUUCUGCGAUACCCCCACGGCGGGGAAACUGUAAUGCAAAUGGAAUCAAUAUCUAUUUUGUGUAUUGAUAAUAAACGUGAAUAAAGGCAUUGCCUGCGACCCGUA